AUGAUUUUAUUAAGGCGUAGUUAUCGUGAUGCUCGAAAUAAUGCUGUGAUUAAUUUUUUCUUUCGAAAAUUUGUUGAUGGUAAUGUACAACAAGUGAUGGAAGUUAGUGAUAAAUUAAAUAAGGUUGAAAAGCAGGAUAUUUCUUCUGAAGAUUUUAUGGCAGAUAUGGCUACAAAAGAAAAUCUUAUAUCGAAAGAAAUAAACAACUUUGUUAGAACUCUAUCGCUGCAAAAUUCUUUCGCAACACAGCGAAAAAAAAAAGUAAAGGCUAGUCGAUUUCGGCCUAUUGUAUAUUCAGAGGGGGAACUGGAUAAGUCGAACUUUAUGCAGCCACCAUCAAGAGAUAAUCCACUUCCGUUCGAUCCAACUGCAGAUUCAUCAUUGUUACCUCCGACACACUCAUGGUGUAUUGCUCAUUAUGUGAAUCAUUUACCCGUAUUGCAGACACUUGUCGAAUUAGGCAUGGAUUUGUUUGAGGUAGAUUCAGUGACACAUAUCGGCCGGAAACUGGUGAAAUUAGAUUGGGAAAAUGUUAGACCGAAACUUGUAUGGCUGAUUCAUCAAGUUGGUAUGCCUAUAAGCGAUGUUGGCUUAUAUUUAACACGAAAUCCGUAUUUCUUAUUGCAAGAUUUAGAAAACAUGAAAGUGCGUUUAAAUUACCUUUAUACAAAGCGGCUAACUAAAGCGAAAGUCCUUAAAAUUGUAAGAAACAAUAGAUUUUGGCUGAAUACCGAUGUUGAAACAACAGAUGCUCGCUUGGGAUGGAUUCAAAAAACGUUUGAUCUGACGGGAGAUGAAAUGCGUCAACUAAUAAUCACAGAAUCAAGAAUUAUUAUGUACGGUGUCGGACCGCUUGAAAGACUUGUUACUAUGUUAAAUGAAGAAAUGGAGUUUACAAAAGAACAAGUUAAGGCAAUUUUAUUGAAAGAUCCGAGAGUAUUCAUGAUGGAGCCAAAUGCUCUACAAACAACAUAUAAUUACCUUCGAUUCACUGUGCAUAUAUCAAAUAUGCAAAUUUGUGAAUGGCCAUUAUGCUUAAGAUUUACCAUUGGAGCAAUUCGUAGGCGACAUGAAUUUUUGGUGCUACUUCAUAAAGCUGAUUAUAACGAAGGUUCACCAAAUUAUGUACAUCUUCGCUCUCUGUUACAACCAUCUGAUCAAAAAUUUGCUGUUAACGUGGCACAUACAUAUUUGAAUGUAUAUAAUGCUUUUUUAAAAAGUUACUGA